CAGUGAGCCUUUAUCCAGCGCGCCGUACGCAAACCUGACCGGAAUUCCCACGAGGUGUUGCCCGGGCAGGUCGGGCUCUUCAUCACGAGUGUGUCGUAUACAUAAAACCCGUAGUACUGCGCGCCGUUGUUGACUGGUCAGGUCGCUUUUCAUCACAAGUGGUGUAUAGGUUAACCUGACUGCCUGGAGUGUCGCACGCGCAGCCCAAACGCCGGCUGGCGUUCCUCGGGAGGUGUCAUACAUGCACCAGGUAGCUUUCAUCGUGAAUGCCACCGCCACGCACGAACCUGAUCGCUUGGAAUUGCCACACAAACGAAGAGAUUUCUCUGCCGGCAAGUUGUCAUCGCGAAUGCCACCGCCACUGGUCGAUUUCUUUCCAGUUGUCAGCAUCGGAUUGGUGACAGAUCGAGCGGUGUCUAGUGACAUUGUGACAGUAGUUAGGUGUGCGGACAUGGUGGUGAUGCGCAGAGGGAUGCUGUGACAGUAGAUAUUAGCCUUAGCGAUCAUGUCGUUUCUCUGCUCUGCGUAUUUUGGGAAGAAGCGAGCAAAACUCGUGCGAAAAGUCGGAACCUCGGCUCCUAAGAAAAAAGGUUCGGUCGUUCCGAACCCGUACUCAACACAGGGCGACACCUACGACAGCGCCUCUCGCGGCAGGAAGCCGAAGCGGGACGAGAUUUACGGAUUCAGUCCCGGAAAGAGGUCGGAAGCAUCCAGACGGGCCCGUUCCCUGGAGUCCUUGCACACAGACAGGAAGCAGAAACUGCCACGCCCCGGUCCGGCAUUCAGUACCUCUCAGUUACACAGCGUUACGUUCGCCGAGCGCGCCAUCGAUGUUUGGCCCGACGCAGCAACGGUGGCGCCACCUGCGACGCGCGACCAACAUGGCGGCGUGUGGGAUGGUCACGUGGAGAAGAGGGCGCUGCCGUCGUCAGGUCUACCGGCCGACGUGUCCGUGCAGACUGUGGAUAGAGGGCUCAGCCCUAUUCACUGGAGCGACGAGGAAGACAAGGAAAACACAGUGCUCACGCUGAAAAAGCUAGCCAAGAUGAUGCUAACCACCAGGAUGACAACGAGAUGUGGGCUUGCCAGAGAAAUCCAAGUCUACCUCCGACUAUCACAGUACACCUAUCCAUUGACGAGCUCAGAGGCUAUCGAAGAGGUACUGGAUCUGUGCACACGCGUGAAACCCGCCAAUGUACCGCUACUCGUCAUGCAGCCCUACCAGCCAUCACCGCACUGGAGCGCUGCCGACGAAGUCGAAGUUGACGAGGGCAUGGUCGUCAACGCCCUCUAUAAACAUCGUCAGUGGGUGUACGUGCGCACGCCGGAGAACCGAGAGGGCUUCGUACCCUACACGCACGUGAUCGCGCUCAGCCUCGUUAUGGGCCGCGAGCAGAAUACCGUCGAGCAGUGUCUGUCGCGAGGGGGCGUGCUGCGCGCCAGCCAGUUCCAGCGCUGUCGUCGCAACUACCACCGCAUGCGCGCGGCAAAGAUCGACACGAUCCACGAGCAAGAAGUCUGCUCCGAUCCCACAGGUGGCGCCACCGUCCUCUCCACGUCCACUCCUUACCCGACAGGCAUCGCAGCGCCACGUAUCGGCGGUAACAUGGAGGCGUUUCCGCCGCAGACGCACCCGCCGCAGAGCUGCUACCGGUUACCGAGCAGAGACUACGAAGAGCAUGUCUACCCGGCGGUCGAGUGCUGCGGGUAUGGCUCCCCGGCGCAGCAGCAAUACCAAACCGCCCGCCCGCCGCCGCGCUACCACCACGGCAGCUCGCAGCCGCCGCCGCCGUACGCGCAUGCGCCGUCGCUCACGCCGCGCUGCGUCUUGUCGACGCGCUCGGCCUCCUGUUUGGAUCCGCCUCCUCCUCGCUCAGCAGAGAUGCGUCGAGCGUACUCUGACUGGAGCUACGUCAGCGACGCGUGGGACACGUCCCGUGGCGCCACCUCGCUGCUGUACGUCGACCCAGACAACCUGAUGCACGACGGCCGACCGCCGAAGCCGCCGCGCGUCGUCGUCGGCGCCGACGAGCCGUGGCGACCGACGGCCGACGACUGGCGCUCGCCGCGCCACCACGCGUCGUUGCCGCGCUACAUGAGCGCCGAGAGCGUGUGCCGACGCGGCGACGUCCGAUCGCACCACCAGAGGUCGCCAUCGGUGCACGAUCUCAUCCUGCACCGCUUCGGUCCCGAGAUUGAACAGCAGAUGGCACUGCGCUACCACGGCGACCAGCCUGCCGACUGCGCACCACCGCCCCCUAGCGUCAGAUACGUCGGCGAGCACGCAGCGAUGUACGUGCGUCGCACGGCCUCCUGUAACAGAAGCUUUGCACCGCUACCAGAGGAGCAGUCGGCGACGCGACCCGACGACGGUGGCGCCACCUCGCAUCCGAAGCAAAGCUCGCAGACGAGCGACCUCGGCGAGUCGAUCGAGGACAGACCGGCGAUGGUGGCGUCGCCGCGGUACGUCGCCGCCGACAGGGCGGGGAGCGUCGCGACGCAGCAAAGGUCGGUGCGCUGCGGCGUCAACUCGCUGCCGCGUCACGACGCGACGGCGCGUCUGCCCGCCAGCGUCUCCCUGCAGCAGCUGCCGCGGGCGACGACGACGACGACGGAGGAAGAGUUCGAGUUCAAGCGACCGCGCACGCCCGAGCGCUUCCGCGGCAGCGGCGGCGGGGGCGGCGCCACCGACAUCCGCCGCACCGUCUCCUUCCAAGAGCCGCUGAACAAGCUGUCGCCACCAGACGGCGCUACGAUGUCGGACCGACCGCUGCCGACGCCGCCGUCGCCGAAGUGGUCGCCGACGAGUGACGGCGUGACGGACGAGUACGGCGUGCAGGACAUUGCCGACGUGUUGAGCAACGGCAAUGCGUCGCAGCAGCGCAUAUCUUUGCCCUACUCUCCCGCGCAGGACGUCGGCGCGACGGUUCCCGUCGGCCGACGGGGCGUGCCGGCCGGCGCGACGUCGCCAGACUCGUCGCCGUUCAACAGCUCGACGUCGACGGUGCUCGACCGACGAGAGAGCGCGGGCGAGAUCGGCGGCAGCGGGGGUAGCAGCGGGUCGUGGAAGAGCGGGGGUAGCGGCGCAUCUCGGAAGAGCGCCGGUAGCGGCGCGUCUCGGAGCAGCGGGAGUGGCGGCAAAUGCGGGAACGGCUCGGCUGGCGGUUCCGUCACCAAGGGGAAGUCACCGAGACGGAUGUUGACCUACGAUGACAGGGAACUAUCAUGCAAGGCUCUCCCGUCGGCUGUCAGCACGCAGACGCACGCCAGCCCCGCACGAACCGCGCAUGCGCAGAGCGAGAGCAAGACUCGUGCAUCCUCCUCCUCCUUCUCCUCCUCAAACAACACCAGUAACACUUCCACGCCCUCCAAAAUCUCCACCGUACCACAAACGCCCACGAAACUCCCCAGCGACCCUCGCACGCCAACGAAGAUCGCGCGAACGCCUCCGAAAACGUCAAACGAAUAUUCCAUCGUGAAAUCCACGCCCCGCACGCCUCCUAUCGGCUCAAUGAAGCCAUACACGCCUUCCACAGCUUCCGUGAAGCCAUCCGCUGACGUCACCACGAAGGUCGCCUCGCCGCGCAGGACCCCGCUGAAGGGUCCGAGUCACGUGGGCGACUACGUCACCACUACGAUGCCGAAUGGAAUUCUAAAGCACAGAGUUGCGCAGCCGACGUCGUCGUCGCCAGGCAAACCCACCGCACAGCAGUCGUCGACGCCCGCCAGCCCGUACGCGGGCGCGAGUCCGGCACGCUCGCUCACGCAAGGUGGCGCGCGCAAGCUGAACAACUCUGACGGCAGCGACAGCUUUCGGUCGUCGAGCAGCGACAGCUUCGCCAGUUCGCCGGGCGUCGACAGUCCGAACGAAUCCGGUUCCGGUUCCGGUUUCGAUUCCGGGUCGUCGUCGUCGCGCGUCGUCAUCGGCGCGUUCACGCGCAUCGUCGACGGACCGCUGGCGACGCUGCUCUACGACUUUCAGGCGAUGGAGGAGGACGACCUGACGGCGCGUCGUGGCGACGUCGUCCGGCUCGUCAAUGCCGAUGACCAGCAGUGGCUGUGGGUGGCGCUGGUGUCGGGGGAGCGCGUGGGCGCUGAAGGCUUCAUACCGGCAAGCUACGCACUGCUAAAUGACAAGCAGGCAGGCGACAGCUGCCAGAAAUCACUGCAGCAGGUGAAAACCUACCUGUGAAAAGGUACGGCUGUGUACCUGUGUACAGGUACGGUUGCGUCAUGCGGCAGCAGCAGGUGAAAACUUAUCUGUGAAAAAGUACCUGCGUACCUGUGAACAGGUACGGUUGCGUCAUGCGGCUGCAACAGGUGAAAACCCACAUGUGAACAGGUACGGCUGCAUUGUGUGGCAACAACAGAUGAAAACUUACCUGUGAAAAAGUACCUGUGUGCCUGUGAACAGGUACGGUUGCGUCAUGCGGCUGCGACAGGUGAAAACCCACAUGUGAACAGGUACGGCUGCAUUGCGUGGCAACAACAGGUGAAAACUUACCUGUGAAAAGCUACCGCUGUGUUGUCGACCCUUUCACGUUGAUAUCUUCGUUAGAAAUGAUUGAAAUCGUUACAACAGAUACAAACAGGAAUGAUUACGUCAUCCAAGUUGUUAUAUACGAAGAUAUUAUUCGUGGGAUCGUGCUGUAAUAAACUUGAAUGCAUGUAAAAGCAAUUAAUUGAAUUCGUACAGAUUUAAAAUGUUUGUUUCUUCGAUUGACUUGUGAUUUUUAACCAAGUGUUUGUGUUAAGACAGAUUGUUAUGAUCGCUAUGGUUGAUGCAGAUAACGAUUAUAUUUUUGCCGUUUAAUUUUGAAUGAUUAAUUACCGCUGCUCGCACUACUGUUUGCAGGUUAUGCAUAAAUAUUAUUAUCAUUAUUAUUACUAUUAAUAUUAUGGAAUAUUGUACGAGGUUGAAACUGGUUAGUGUAUAAAUGUGUAUCUUUAUUGUAUAAGGUUCUACUCUGAUUCUUAUAAUACCUUCCCUAUGUCUAUCUGGUUUCAAAUAGUAUUGUACAUUAAACGAUGUAUUUAUCUUUGCAUAAUCUUCGCUGCAGUUUAUUGCGUGACAUUUCACAUGAUUAGUAUAUAGGUAGAAGUGUUACAAUAAAGUGUUUUUACAUUCUAUUUAAAA